CCAGACAAAACGUCUACAACAGCUCACCAGAGGGACAGCGAUUAAGUCGGACACAAAGACGCAGAUUAAGUAGAUUUCCCAAUCCUCCGGCAGGCAAAACGACAGAUCUGACAAAAUGCACGAACGGCACGUGAAAAAACUGAAGGGCGGUCAUUACGUGGCCACACAUGGACGUCUCACGCCUGAUCCGCCGUAUGUGCACUCAAAUCGAGGCUACUCCACGGACGGCGAGGAGUCGCAUUCGCAUCGGGGCCACUCGGAGUAUACGCUGGCUCAUGAACGAAUCUCCCCAAAUUCCCAGGGCCAUUAUAACUCUUCACGAAAGAAUCGAGCUGUUCACGGCAAUGGCCUGCAAGAGCAACAGCACCUGCAGCAUAGCUAUAGCCACAGUCAGAUGGGUCUCUCCAGCUCCCCAGACAAUGGUGGUCCCCGUUCAUUGAGCGGUCCACCGCCGACACGACAACCCCCGCGUGCUCCGUCCGCGCUGAGCUACGAUCAGGCAGGCGAUGCGGGCAGCGACAUCUAUGUGACCAGUGCCGCAUACAAGGCGCCCUCUGAGAUCAGCCGCUACAGUCAUCGUCCAGUGUCGCGUGGGGCGCCUCGCAGCGUCUAUUCGGUGGCCAGCACAGCGAAGACGGGUCGCAGCGGACGAUCGACAACCCGACGUGGCGCAAAGAUCGAGACGAUGUCUGCACCAAACCCUUUUUGCCCAAAUGUCAAAGGCGUUUGCUGCCUGAUGCUGUUGCUUAAUCUGGGUCUUAUUCUUGUCACCCUUGGUUUUGUCAUCGUGGUGCAGUUUUAUGAGCCCGUAUACGUUUGGGUAUUGGGCAUCAUAUUUUUGAUAUUUGGCUUCCUCACGCUGAUCGGCUGCAUGAUCUAUUGCGUGUAUGUGUGCCGCGAUGUGAAGACGCCUUCACAGGUGCGUAACGAGGAUCUCUAUUGGACGCGGCACUGGCAAAAGAACAUUGGCUACACGCCCCAAGAGAUCAACUACAAGGCGGAUAAGUACGAUGCCUACUCCGAUCGCUAUUCGGUUAGCAAACUGAGUGGCAAGUACUCGGAUCGUGAGAGUCAGCGAUACUGAGAUCGAGAUAAAUAAAGAGUCAACGGGGAUGACAAUCAAGUUGAUCAAUUAAAGUGAUCUACUGACUGCAUAGAUCCUUGGGCGAUUCAGCUGCCCUUGUUGCUCGUAAUCGGCAAAAAUAUCUAUUUUUAUUGUCUAGGCAAAUAGUUUUAAACGGUUUAUUAACAAGGCCUCAACGUACCUGCUGCAAGUUACUUGCUAGUUUGUAUGUUCUUUUAAUUAUUCAUAGAGAGCGCGAUAGAGUUACAGAAAUACAAAAAGAGUAUUGAAAUGCUGCCAUAUUUCAGAAACAGAUAAAGACGGUUUUUUGGCUAAUUAGCGAACUUUUGCCUAAAUUCUAACUUUAAAUGCUUUAUAACACGUGCAAAGCAGAAAAUAAUAAAAAUAUACAUAAUACAAAUAAUCCAA